GGAAGUUCUUAUCGCUCAACAUGGUCCAAUUCUCCGAAGAAACCAAGGAGCGUAUCUCCAAAGUCAUUGACGUUUCCAGAGUUGCUAUCCACUACGGAUAUCUUCCUCUGAUCAUCUACCUCGGCUACACUUAUAGCGAGCCUAGACCUUCACUUUUCAAGUACGAACGAACCUUGAUGCCGGUUCCCCUCCGAUCUGUACACCCAGCUAACAGCAUGGUACAUAGGCUGUUCUCGCCGCUUGCAUAG